UGUGUUAACAAUCUGUGCACUGGCAUCUUUGAAAUCAAAGAUGGCACCAAAAAAGUAUUUUGAUAAGUGAACCGAAAUGGGAAUGUGAUUUAUGUAAAUAAUCAGACAAUAUUAUAAACUAUGUGAUGGUGGGAAAAACACAUGGCGUGCAAGGAAGGAAAUGUCCAACCUCAGCACUUUGUCGAAGAAAUUGAUUACAAUGAAAUAAAAAAGAUACAGGUUGUAGGGAAAGGUUCAUUUGGCGUUGUUUGGAAAGGAAAAUGGCGGAACAUUGAUGUAGCUGUAAAACACAUAGAUUCUGAAGCAGAAAAGAAGGCAUUUGCAGUUGAAGUGAGACAGCUGUCAAGGAUAAAUCAUCCCAAUAUUGUAAAACUUUAUGGUGCCUGCACUCAAAAUCCAAAUCCAGUAUGUCUUGUGAUGGAAUAUGCAGAGGGAGGUUCACUGUACAAUGUUCUUCACUGUCGACCGUUACCUAAAUAUACUGCAGGCCAUGCUAUGAGCUGGGCAUUGCAGUGUGCUAAUGGUGUAGCUUAUCUGCACAACAUGAAACCAAAAGCAUUAAUACACAGGGAUCUUAAACCACCAAACCUUCUUCUCAUAAUGGGUGGAAAAGUACUCAAAAUAUGUGACUUUGGAACAGCCUGUGAUAAGAAAACCUAUAUGACAAACAAUAAAGGGAGUGCUGCUUGGAUGGCUCCUGAAGUGUUUGAAGGUUCAAGCUAUACCGAAAAAUGUGAUGUCUUUAGUUGGGGAAUUAUUCUGUGGGAAGUUUUGAGCAGGCGGAAGCCUUUUGAUGACAUUGGUGGCUCAGCUUACAGAAUUAUGUGGGCUGUGCAUACUGGUGAACGACCACCCCUGAUAGAAGGAUGCCCACGACCAAUUGAAUCUCUUAUGACCAGGUGUUGGGACAAAAAUCCAGCAAACAGACCAUCAAUGGAUGAAGUUGUUCAUAUAAUGAAUGCACUUUUUCCGUUCUUUACUGGGUAUGAUGAACCUGUACAAUAUUCUUCUGGAGAUGAAGAGUCUUCUCAAGGUAGUGCUCUGCCAGAAGAAUAUGACUCAGAUGAUGAAGACACACAAGCUGAAAUGGGAACAACUUUGACAGAUCGUUCAAAGACCCAAGUCUCUUCAACAUCAACAAUGAAUGGUUCUAUUAUGACACAAGGAAAAACAGAGCUGGUGGCAGAGAGUCUGAAGAAACCUCUACAAAUUGAAGUUGAUCCUUAUCCUUGGACACUGGAACCGAAGGAUCAAGAUAGAGGCAGAAGGUCCACUGAAGGAAUAAGGUUCAGGGAACCCAACCCGUAUAUAGGUUGGCAAUCAGAUGAUGAUAUGAGGAAGACAACACCUGGCACUAUAGAAAUAAUGAAGACAACUGGGCUUGACAAGUCAGUGCCUGUACAAAAUGCACCAACAAGUG